AUGCACCUUGAGUUGUGCAUCGUUUGCGGCGCGGGACCUAAGAAUUUAUCGACUCUUUACAAGCAUUUGAGAAAACACCAUGAAUGGAGCGAGGAACGAAUCGAACAAGAGAAACUACGGCUAAAAACUGCUAAAAACAAAAAUCUGGUAUUAUGCGACGAGUGUAAUAAUGUUUAUAGUUCUAAAAGGAGCUUAGGAAUCCACAAACAGCGAUUUCAUGCAAAAGAAUCGAAUCGCAUGUUAAGCGUCGUAUGCCCGGAAUGUGGUGAACGUUUUUACAGUCAGACGGAAUUAGUCAAUCACUGCGGAGUGUCACACCGCAGUCAAAAUCCAAAUUCUGAUUUUUCGAUACUCCGCGGAAGUUUCAGCAGCUCAGAGUUGUUUGAGGCGUGGAAGCUCUCUCUGGAAACGACGGCUUACACCUUUUUUGCAAAGAGACGUUCUAAGGAUUACAAAAAUGGGAAGAAACAUCUGUACGUAUGUAAAUAUGCACGAGGACACGCAGAAGUUGAUGCCAGAGGAAUUCGUCAUUAUAACAGUAAAAGUCUACGAGUUCAGUCGCAUUGCCCUGCCUUCUUGAAGAUAACUGAACAAGCAGACGGGAGUGUCGAUUACGAAUGCUGUAUUGGACAUCUUGGACAUGAUGUAAGGCCUGCAAACCUUCGAAUCUCUACCGAAGACAAAAUGGAUGUUAUGGACUUGCUAAAGAUGGACACGAAAACAUUCUUU